CAAGUCUGUGGCUCAGCGAGAUUUCCCUGCCGUGAACAACCACAAAUAUACCAUCUACUACCAGCACGCCUCACCACCAUGAUCGCCCCAACUACCACCGGGAAAGCCCCCUCCCUCGUCCGUGUCCCCGCCUCGACAUCGGCCGAUGACGUCCUGUCCAUCCUCCAGCGUGACGGCGGCCUCAUCGUCGAGAAGCUAGGUGACCCGGUCGUCAUCGACCAGGCGUGGAGGGAAAUCCAACCAGAAAUCAACAAUGACACCUUCGACCACACCGGGGUCACUUUUGCAAAAGAAAGCAAACGGGUCUGUGGUCUCGCCGGGAAAAGCCCGACCUUUGCUACGAAGCUGCUUACGAACCCCCUCUACCAGGAGGUUGCCAACAAGCUCCUGGGAAAGACGACGACGGUGUGGUACGGCAAAGAAGAGACAACUUCCACCAGCCUGCCGCAGGUUACCAAUACCAUGGCAUUUUGGCUAGGCCCUGGAUCGCAGGCUCAGGGGCUGCACCGGGACGACCAGUGCCACCAUACUAGACACCCGGCCAAGUACGAAACCGACCUCGGGAUCAUGUUCGCGGGCACCCCGUCCAGGAAGAUCAACGGGGCGACGAAUGUGGUUCCGGGUUCGCAUCUUUGGGAUGAUGAGCGGAAGCCGACAAUGGAGGAGGCUUGUCCUGCCGAACUGGAAAAGGGAGAUGCGUUGAUCUGGCUUGGAUCCACAUACCAUGGUGCCGGACAUAACAGUACCUCUGAUCAGUACCGCCUACUUCUGGCGGGGUUUAUGACUCCUGGGUGGUGUCGUCAGGACGAGAACCAGUACCUUGCCAUCCCGCUGGAGACGAUUAAAUCGUACCCGGACAAUGUGCAAAAGCUGCUUGGCUAUCAGAUUAGUCGGCCGUACGGGGGAUUUGUUGAGCAGAUGGAGCCCAUUGACUUCUUGAAAGCAAAUGGAGACUACACGAAGUGGGUGCCUGGUGAUUUAAUUUAGUCAGGGGGUUCAAUUAUAGGUCUCUCUAUAUCUAAGCCAAUAACGCUUCUGCAUGGGUAAUCACAAACUACAG